GCGGUGCCUUGUACCUCAUUGUGCAUAAUGGACGCCUCCCUCAACCCACUUAUCAACCUUUCUCGAUGCCAGUAUCAGCUGCUAAUAGUUGCGCAGAAUAUUCCAUCUCGUGCGACCUGACUUGGGACCGCUUCAAGACCACAGUCGAUCGGUUGGAGUACCCCGCGCUGUCGUAAUACCUGGAUUCGUGUCCGCGCCGCUUGUCCUCACCAAGCGUCAGGUGCGGCGGCACAUGGCGAGGUUCGAGAUUGAUCCAGCCCCUGCCAUGAACAUCAAGACCAACCAAAAGAGCUCAAGCAUCGAGGAGCAUGGCGAUGAUCCGUUUGCGCUGACGGAAAAUUGCGAUUAUUACCCUCCGUCGAAGGCGGCAAAGGCUGCAGCGCCUGCCACAUCAGAAGACAACACCACUGAAGACAAAGAUGAUCAAGUCGCGAUUCCGAUACCCAUUGCGACCCUAGUCUUUCAGGACGGCCGCACGGAGCCCGUCUAUACGCCCCUGUUAGGCCAUGAACAUCUAUUCAAGGCACGGCCUAUGACCAGCUCCCCGGCAUCAUCCAGCAGCCGGAGCUUUGAUUGUAAUCGUCCGAUUCAAGCGGCACCGUCCCAAAUACCUGGGACAUCCCAGCAUACAACCUGGGGGCCACAACAGAAGGCUGGGGCUCCGAAGAAGUCCCCUGCAUGCAAGCAGAGGAAGCCUGUCGCCCACAAGCAGGGAAUACUAAAGUCGAAGAGCCUCAAGAGAUCCCGGUCUGUUGCUCAAGGCCUGGGCCCAAACCGCAAGGCUGUGACAGACGACACUAGCUUUGAAGAUGCCGAGUCAGCUGUCGAAGUGGUGACCGAAGAGUCGCACACCUUCUACAUUGGCGAUAUUGAUGCAUUCAAGAAGUUUUUGACACGCCGCUUCGAUGAACUGACCAUGAAGCCCCUACGCGGCAUUGCUACACACUGGGUCAAGCUCAUUGAGCCUAGACGACUUGGAGACUGGGGCAAGUACCACGAGAUGAAACCUUCUGAAGCAGAGACGCCGCCAUGGUGGCCUCGAGACGUCAUUUACAAAGAACCUUCGCAUCUCAAGAAGGAGGACCUGUCCACAUUGGCUGUUGAGAUGAUGCUUGUCCACCGAGAGAUUGACGAGGUCAAGCGUAAGGGACCUUGGAUAAGCAAGCUUCGAGACGUAGCCAAGUUUACGGUUCAGACAACCUCAGCUGACCAUUUCUCUUCAUCUAAGGGCGCCGUUCAUAGCGAGGAGAUGAAGAAGCGUGCUCUGGAACAGAUACUGCCAAGCAUCUUCGAAGUUGCUCAAGCUUACGAGGAUCACAUCAUGCAGUACAACCUCAUCGAAGGGUCUGGCAACAAGGAUCCUGGCCGAGGUAGGCAUCACACAUGGAAGCCUAUCCCAAGGCCGAUUAGACGUCAGCAGCCUAAGCGACCUCGACGGGCUACCCGCUCAGAGCGUGUACAGGAGACGGUCUACGAAGCAUCUGGAGAUGAAACCGAGCCGGACGACACAAUGACGAGGCUGUCCAGUACUCCAUUUCUCCAUGGCCUACCUCAAGCUGCUUCAUCCCCUCAGCCGAUGGUUGCACAUACCAUAUCAGAGAGCCAGACACCACGACACUCCAUCGUUAUAGAAGAUGGCCAUCGACAAGGGUGGAAGGUCGACACACCCCCCGUCUCCGGUCCAUGCACACCGGUAACUUCUCAGGACGAUUGCAUGAUGCAUCGCACCACAUCUACCCCCAACUCCUCUUUUGACCAGUCAUUGCACGGACUGCACCUCGAAGAGGACGAUCUGGAUAUGAAGCCUCGUGCACGAACGAUGUCCGAUCACGGUAGCAUGCAGCCUCCCUACGACAUGCCCUCGUACACCCAGCCAUUGCAGUUUCAAGCCGCACCGGCACCGACUGGCUUCAGCGGUCAGCCAUACCGUCAGCGCGCAGAUGGCUAUGCAAGCCAGCCAUCUACCUUCGCUCAGAACGCGCCAACCUUCGUCAAUCCUUUCGCCAUGUUCAACGCGCCUCCCCCGCCCAUAGGCUACUCUCAAUACGCAUCACCGAUGCCUACCGCCAGCGUAUACUCGUACGAACAAGGAGUCUAUCCUCCAACGCCUAUGAGCUUCCCCAAUACACCCAUGAACAUGCCCAUGACACCAAGCGACGGUAGCAUGACGUAUCAUGGCCUGCCUACCAACUAUUCGGUUGACACUCAAGGGGUGCACCACUUCUGAGUCUUGCUUCUAGCGCGCGUUGCCAUCAUUUCCGGUGUUUGUCCAUGGUCUGCCUAUCUCGGCACCAAAAUAACGACUUGCGAUGAUUUCGUUACACGUUCUGUCUUGUCUUGUUUUGUCUUGUCACGAUCCAGCGCUGCAU